AUGGAACACUUAUUUGUUUUCAGGAAAUUAGCUCCCCGAUGUGCAGUUGCGCUUUUUGAUUGUCUGCGCGACGUUGAUAAAAAUUUCGAAGAAAUGCACGAAGAUUUCAUGGAAACCAGAGAUGGUGGCGGUAAAGAAUGGCGCCAAAAUGUUGAUAGCCUUUCGGACUCGGAAUAUCUUUUGGAUGGCCCCGAUUCAGCGCAGUGCAGCCUCCGAAAAUUACAGCCCCAAGAUAAGGAUGUUGUAAAAGCAAUUUGCUUGGAAUCAUUCCCGGUCCAGUACCCGGAUUAUUGGUUCGAGGAAGUGCUCGCCCGAAACGCCGGAUUAAUCGUAGUCGGCGGAGUUAGCGGUGAAUUGUUCUGCUACGGGAUCACCUACGAGGGCAAACUUGUCGCUGUUAUUGUUGCUGAACUCAAAAUUUUAUCGCAAUGUUGCAAUGAGGUUUGCAUUUUUUUUUUCUUGAAUUUGUAUAAGAGUACUCGCAGUGAUAAACUGAUAAUAGAGGAACCACUUCGGAAGACCCCCAAAUCGGACCGUUGCAUUUCAACCCCGUUGGAUUAUUGGUAG